AUGAUCACAGACUGUGUGGAGCUUUUCCCGAUGGACCCCAGAAAGCACGUGUGUGUCCUGUUUUUUAUAUUUACUUUUUUCUACAUUGGUUCAAACGUGGGCAGCUGUCAUCCACACAACUCCACACAUGGAAAAGAUAGAGCUGCAGAGGUGGCUGCUUACGCGGAUGUGGCCAAACGCAUCAUCGACCUGGCUGUGAACGGAGCGGCCCAGAAUCGCUCGUACAGACGCCUGGCAGACUUCACCGACGCCAUCGGGAACCGCGUGAGUGGAUCCAAGAACCUGGAGAACGCCAUCAACUACAUGCACAAGGCCAUGGCUCUGGACGGCCUGGAGGUGCAUCUGGAGCCGGUGAAAGUCCCUCAUUGGGUCAGAGGCAAAGAGAGUGCAGAGAUGCUUCAGCCCAGACCCAAACCCCUGGCCAUGCUGGGACUGGGCAGCAGUGUGGGGACCCCUCCUGGAGGGAUCAGGGCGGAGGUGGUGGUGGUGCGGUCCUUUACGGAGCUGAAGAGCAGAGGAGCCGAUGUCAAGGGGAAGAUCGUGGUCUAUAACCAGCCGUUUGUGUCGUACGGAGAGACCGUGGCGUAUCGAGCCUUCGGAGCCUCAGAAGCAGCUAAACUGGGAGCUGUGGCUGCUCUCAUACGAUCCAUCACUCCCUUCUCCAUCAACAGUCCGCACACCGGCGUGCAGGACUACCAGGACGGCGUGGUGAAGAUCCCGGCCGCUUGCAUCACGGUGGAGGACGCGGAGCUGAUGUGGCGCAUGUCUCAGAGAGGAGAACACAUCGAGGUGCUUCUCAACAUGGGGGCCACCACCCUCCCGGACGCAGACUCCUUCAACACUGUGGCUGAGAUCAGAGGCUGGCAGCAUCCGGAGCAGGUGGUCCUGCUCAGUGGUCACCUGGACAGCUGGGACGUGGGACAGGGAGCAAUGGACGAUGGGGGAGGAGCCAUGAUCUCCUGGGAGGCGCUGUCCCUGAUCCAAGACCUGGGUCUGCGUCCCAGGAGGACUCUGCGUACGGUGCUGUGGACGGGGGAGGAGCAGGGCGGAGUGGGAGCCCAGCAGUAUUAUAAUCUACACAAGGUGAAUCUGUCGGACUUCGACCUCGUCAUGGAGUCGGACCUCGGCACGUUCAAACCUGUGGGUCUGCAGUUCACUGGCUCCGAAGCGGCACAGAAGGUGAUGGAGCAGGUGGUGCAGCUGCUGGCUCCCAUCAACACCACCAAACUGGAACCUCACGGAGAAGGCACCGACAUCUCUCCCUGGAUGGAAGCUGGAGUCCCAGGAGCCAGUCUCCACGUGGCCGACUCUAAAUACUUCUGGUUCCACCACACUGAGGGCGACACUCUCACGGUGCAGGACCCGCACCACAUGGACCUGUGCUCGGCAUUGUGGGCCGUGGUGGCCUUCGUGGUGGGGGACCUGGAGGAGAUGCUGCCCCGAGCACAGGUACAGGACCCACAGGUACAGGACCCUCAGAGCACAGGUACAGGACCCACAGGUAAAGGACCCUCAGAGCACAGGUACAGGACCCUCAGAGCACAGGUACAGGACCCACAGGUACAGGACCCUCAGAGCACAGGUACAGGACCCUCAGAGCACAGGUACAGGACCCACAGGUACAGGACCCACAGGUACAGGACCCUCAGAGCACAGGUACAGGACCCACAGGUACAGGACCCUCAGAGCACAGGUACAGGACCCACAGGUACAGGACCCUCAGAGCACAGGUACAGGACCCUCAGAGCACAGGUACAGGACCCUCAGAGCACAGGUACAGGACCCACAGGUACAGGACCCUCAGAGCACAGGUACAGGACCCACAGGUACAGGACCCACAGGUACAGGACCCACAGGUACAGGACCCUCAGAGCACAGGUACAGGACCCACAGGUACAGGACCCUCAGAGCACAGGUACAGGACCCACAGGUACAGGACCCUCAGAGCACAGGUACAGGACCCACAGGUACAGGACCCACAGGUACAGGACCCUCAGAGCACAGGUACAGGACCCACAGGUACAGGACCCUCAGAGCACAGGUACAGGACCCACAGGUACAGUACCCUCAGAGCACAGGUACAGGACCCUCAGAGCACAGGUACAGGACCCACAGGUACAGGACCCUCAGAGCACAGGUACAGGACCCACAGGUACAGGACCCUCAGAGCACAGGUACAGGACCCACAGGUACAGGACCCUCAGAGCACAGGUACAGGACCCACAGGUACAGGACCCUCAGAGCACAGGUACAGGACCCUCAGAGCACAGGUACAGGACCCACAGGUACAGGACCCUCAAAGCACAGGUACAGGACCCUCAGAGCACAGGUACAGGACCCACAGGUACAGGACCCUCAGAGCACAGGUACAGGACCCUCAGAGCACAGGUACAGACCCACAGGUACAGGACCCUCAGAGCACAGGUACAGGACCCACAGGUACAGGACCCACAGGUACAGGACCCUCAGAGCACAGGUACAGGACCCACAGGUACAGGACCCUCAGAGCACAGGUACAGACCCACAGAAGGUUUCCUCAGACUCAGCGUUUGUUCGACUGAAUCAUUCAGACACACUGCGAACAUGUGUGAGUUCUGCUUUGAUGGCGGAGCUAAAGCUGGGAACAGAGACAAAGAAAAACUGGAAAUUCCUGAUAAAUGUAUCGUCCACAAACCUGGGUGA